AUGUCCAUAAGUAAUAAGAUGAGUGGAAAUGGCAGGAAAUCACAAACUAACUCAAGAGAGGAUCCGAUUCAUCCAGAAAUAACAGCAGAUGAUCUAGCUGAUCCUGACACUUUGAUAGAGAAAUUAGAAACAGUGGAGCUUACCGAGGAGGACACUGAAGAACUUCUCCAUGAAGCUUAUAAAGUCAACAAGAAGCUUAAAGAAAUUCUCAGAAGACAAGAAGAGGAGGAAACGGGAAUUCAAAUGAGAAAAAUUCGAACUGCUGGAGCAUUAUCCAAUCCUAAUAAACUUUCCAAUAAAUCUCCUCUUCCACCAAUUAACCAUGUUCCUGAUACAACACGUAAUGUUUAUACAGCUAAUCCUUCCUCCAGAUCUAAACGCUCUCCCACCAGACAAUCUACUGCUAGAGUCCAGUCAUCACAGAGUAAAAGAAGUCCAAUUAGAAGAAAAAGUUCCUCGACAACAGAUACAAAACCUGAUUGGGAUUCCAGAUUUUCCUACAGCUAG